CCGCAGCCGAGCAGCUUCUCCGCCCGGAGCGCGCGCCGUUCGUACCCCGGCGGGUCUGCUGAGAGCUAAUUUCUGCCUCCCAAGAUGGAAGAAGAUGCCAGCCUGUUCCCUAAGAAGCUUUUGGACGACGCCCCCCUUGUGGAGGAUGAAACAGAUGAACUGGAGGAUCCGGAGUUUGUGCUGGGCUCUGUCCCUGGGGACGCUGAGAACAAGGCGGACCCAGGAAGCUCCUGUCCGGGGAAAGAGCAGAAUGCAGACAAGAGGAAGCAGAGACCAGACGUCCAGGACAGAAUGCAGGCCUCACUCCUGCGGAGGGACUUGAGCCACCUAGACCAGCUGCAUGAAGAGAAAGACCUUUUCAUUCAGAAAACGAGGGAGGAGCUGCGUGCUUGCCGCCAGAGGAUGGGGCUCCUCGCCAAGCAGCAGGAGAGCGUGGCGGCCGGCCUGGCCGCGGAGAGAGCCACCGGCAACAUGGCAGCCGUGGGUCGCCUCGAGGAAGCGUCCCAGCGCCUGUGCUCAGAGCUGGGGAACGAGGGGGACCUGCAGGCGAAGAUGACGGCCGUGCUGCAGGACAGCGUGAGCGCCAUGUGGCACAUCGAGAUCCAGGAGAGGCAGCUGGAGGACGCCCGCAAGUCAGCCCGAGCAGAGGCCCCGGCUGCCAGGAAGUGCCUCCAGGAGAGGGGGGCCUCGGGGAAGGCAGAGCGGAACCGGCUGCUGCGGGUGCGGAGGUCCGUGUACCUACAGAAGGAGCACGGGCUCAGGCACCAGAAGCUGGUGGAAGACGCCCAGAAGAACCAUCGGAAGGCCGUGAAGUUCCUGAAGGCCUCCCUGGGGAGGAUCCGCAAGCAGGAGCGGAGAGAGGAGCUGGAGAGCCGCGAGCACGCGCGCAGGCGCAUGGACGCCGUGCUGGCCCUGAAGAGCAGCAUCUCCGCCAACCAGGAGACACUCCGGAAAUUUCAAGCAUGGGGCCAGGCCAAGGCAGAGCUGGCGGAACAGAGGGCCCAGGCCGAGAAGGAGGUGAUUCUGGCCCAAGGUGGGGACGCUUUCAAGCACUUUUGCCAUCAACGCCGGCGCCAGGAGCUGGAGACCCAGAACCGCGCCUUCGAGGAGGAGCAGAAGCUCAGGAAGCACGAGAUUGUGAGUCGGAUCUUGAAGGAGGAGGCCGAGGAGGCCAGGAGGAAGCAGCGGCCCUCGCCCGCCAGACCCGUGGGCCGGCCGAUCCUGAGGGACCAGACCCGGAGCUACGUGGCCGCUUUCCAUGACGGGAAGGGCCCGGCGGACCCGCCCUGCUGCCCCCCGGCGGCCCCAGCCCUGGUGCACGUGUUCCAUGCCCCCCGCGGCCCCCCCCCCCCCCCCCCCGGUCUCCGGCGCCUGGCCCGCCUGGGGAAGCAGACCCCCACCGCCACAUGUCCCCUGAACAGGAUUGUCUUGGGCCACCUUACCUGUCCCCAGAUGCCAGAGCCAGCCCGGCAGCCCUUCUGCUUCUGCCCUGUGUGCCCCCAGCCUGAAGGCCCAGGUCACUGGCUCCAGCAGUGCGCUGCCAGCCGCAACCCCCAGGCUGCUUCGUGGGCGCCCCCCAAAGCUGUGCCUCUCUGUCCUCUCGCCCCCAGCCGUGCUCCUGCCCUUCUCCACGUGGGGCCUUUCUCACGCCUGCAGCAACAUCGCCCUCCACUCUUGUCCCUGUGCCAGCCUGAUGUCCCCGGAGGGAGGCCCCGUCUGGCCCUAGAGCAGCUGAGGGAGGGCAGGUCUGCGUUACCCCAAGCCUCUCUGCUGGUGAAAGCCGUGUCCGGCGAGUCCGUCCAGGCGGACAGGGGGAGCCUUGGCCGGGAGGCGGGGACGCUGGCUCGGCCGGAGAUCCCUGGGCUCUGGAAGGAGGACUGCAAGCCCUACCAGGUGCCCAAGGAGGACGUGGGCCAGAAACCCAUGGGCGGAACGAAGACGGACAAGGACAUCCUGGCGCACACUGCGCAGCGGCUGUGCCGCGGGGUGACCCACAAGCAGGUGGCAUCCAGGCGCGAGUUCAGAGGGUGUCCCUUCAACAGCAAGCCCAAGCUCGUCCACUUCAAGGACUUUGAUCUCGGCAAAGUGUACAAGAAAAAGAUCACGCUGACUAACGCCACCUACACGAUUAACUACUGCAAGCUGGUGGGCGUGGAGGAGCACCUCGGGGACUUCAUCCACAUCGAAGCCUGGUGUGGUCACCCUGGCUCACUCGGGGUCUUUUGGCAGCUGUCCCUCGACAAGGAGCUCAUCGACUUCGGCAGCUAUGUGGUGGGUGAGACUGCAUCCCGGACCAUCACGCUGACCAACCUCGGGGGCUUGGGCACCAGGUUCAAGUUUCUCCUGGCAUCAGAGUGCUGUGAGAUGGACGCGUCCCCGUCGGUCUUCAACACAAGCAGUAGCUUUACAUGUGAAGACAAAGGUUUUGACAGUAAAGUCGCCACCAGUUUUUCCGAGCAGCUGACGGCGGGCAAUGAGUCUGUGCCCGCAGAUGUGCCGAGCCGGAAGGAGUCUGGAAAACUGGACAUAAAGGAGAAGGAGGAGGGGCGCCCCGUAGAGGGAGUGACCUUGACCACCAUCGUGACUGUACCUCCCAACGAGGAACAGACGGAGUUCUCACUGGGAGAGAUAACAGAGGGGGAGAUUGGCCCCUUCAGCACCAUCAAAGUGCCCGUCAUCUUCACCCCGAUUGUCCCGGGAACGGUCUCCACCAGGUUCAAGGUCGUGUUUAAGAAUCAGCAGUGCCCGACCUUAUAUUUCAAAGUCGUCGGUGUUGCUAUCGACGUGCCAGUCUGGGUGCCAAAGCCCAACGUAGACCUGAAGAUCUGCAUGUACGACCGGCUGUAUCAGGACUCCAUCCUCGUCCACACACGGUCAAAGGCGGCCCUGCGCCUGAACUUCGAGGUGUGCAAGGGGCUGCAGGGCCACCUGGAGCUCCUGCCCAAGACCGGCUGCAUCCAGGCCCUGUCGUCCUACUCGGUGCGGCUCAAGUUCCUGCCCAGACGCUCCCUCCCAGAAGAUGCCGGGAAGUAUUUUGACAAGGAAAGCAGAGUCCUGGAGGCCCCGAUGACUAUCCGGGUGGCUGACCAGAUCAAACCCGUGGGGUUUACUGUCCACGCCAUAGUCACCACCUCGGACCUGGAGCUCAGCCCCUCGGGGGUGGACUUCGGCUACUGCACCAUUUACGAGGCCAUCAGGACCCAAGUCAGCCUCUGCAACCACUCCCUCCUGCCCCAGGAGUUUGGCUUCGUCGGGCUCCCCAAGUUUGUGGACAUCCAGCCCAAUGAUGGGUUCGGGACAAUCCUGCCGCUGGAAACUCUGCAACUCGACGUAAUCUUUCAGCCCACCAAGGCCAAGGAGUACAACUUCGAGCUCGUCUGCAAGUCAGAGAUUAACCGGUACUUCAAGCUGACGUGCCGGGCUGUGGGUGUCCACCCGCUCCUGGAGCUGUCCCACUACCAGGUCAAGUUUGCGGCCACCUCCUUGUACGACACGUCGGUGGCCACCCUGUACGUCAUCAACUCCCGCCUGAGCGUGAACUCGCCGACGCCCUCGGUACCCCGCAUCAGCUUGGAGGACGCAUCCCCUGUGGGGCCCACAUCUUUCGAGUUCCUGCUGCCCUCAGACUCCCCCAUCACCAUCUCACCCUCGGUGGGCACCGUGUGGCCAGGAAAGAGGUGCCUGGUCCGGGUGGCCUUCCGGCCCGUGCUGACCAGCGAGCUGAUCCACCAGGAAGCCUUACAGGGCCUGACCAAAGAAGCUGAGGCCAAAUCGGACACGGCCACCCAGAGGAAGGACCAGCGGAGACAGUCCUUCUCCAUACUGCGGCUGCAGAACCGAGACCGGCUGUUCCAGGCCUCUGCCUCCCAGCCCCUGGAGCUGCAGAAAGAGGACCUCAUGUCCAGCUCCCAGGAGUACCAGGCUGCGCAGGCCACCCUGACCAGAUCUUUCCAGGGGAAGUUUGACAAGUUUGUGGUCCCCUGUGUUGUUGCCAGUGGUGACACCAAAGACAGGAAGGGGACGGAACCCCUGAGCUUCAGUCCCCACAACACCGUGUACCUGGAGCUGUGGUGUCCAGCGGUAGCACCAUCCAUUGUGGUGACGUCCGACAAAGGCAAGACCAUCGCUGACUUCGGCGACAUCGCUGUAGGACAACGCGGCAUAAAGAAGGUCUCCAUCCAGAACAUCUCCCCCGAGCAUCUCGAUCUGGAGUACUCCGUGCUGAACCCCAACGGCCCCUUUGUCCUGCUGAAUCCCAUCCGCAAGCUGGUGUCUGGAGAGACCCAGGUCCUGAAGCUGUCCUUCUCCCCCCGUGAAAGCGUCCUGGCCCAGGAAAUGCUGGAGGUCAUCACCAAGAGAGGCACGCUCUCCCUGGCCCUCGUGGGCACAGGUGUGGCGUCCGUGACCACAUGCUCCAUUGAAGGAGGCGUCCUCAACAUGGGCUACGUGAUCGCCGGAGAAUCCACCUCCGCGGGCUUCAAGCUGCAAAAUAAUUCCCCGCUGCCCAUCAAGUUCUCCAUGCAGUUGGACAGCCUCUCCACCAGGAGCGGAGGCGAGCACCGGCUGCCGCAGUUCCUGGCCUCCCCGGCCCAGAGGACGGAAGUCGUGGGCACACAGAACUACAGCGGCCAGAGCGUGUUCAGCGUGGUCCCGGUGGAGGGCGUCAUGGAGCCGGGCAGGGCGCAGGACUUCACCGUGACCUUCAGCCCGGACCAUGAGAGCCUGUACUUCUCUGACCGGCUUCAGGUCGUGCUCUUCGAAAAGGAAAUCUCCCACCAGAUCCUCCUGAAGGGCUCGGCCCGCAAGUACAUGAUGUUUGUGGAAGGCGGGGACCCCCUGGAUGUGCCUGUGGAGUCCCUGACCGUGAUCCCUGCCUUGCACCCCGAGCGCACAGAGGGUGACCCCCAGCCAGGCCCUCCCUCUCCAGAAGCUGAGGAGCUGAAGCCCAUCCUGGUAACCCUGGCCUAUGUCCAGUUGGACACAGACACGCCGGCCCCACCUGCCACCCGAGAACUACAGGUGGGCUGCAUCCGGACCACCCAGCUGUCCCCAAAGAAGACUGUCGAGUUCAGCCUGGACAGCGUCGUAUCCCUGCAGCACAAGGGCUUCACCAUCGAGCCCUCCAAGGGCUUUGUGGAGCGCGGCCAGACCAAGACCAUCAGCAUCUCCUGGAUGCCACCCAUCGACUUUGAUCCGGACCACCCACUCAUGGUGUCAGCCCUGCUGCAGCUCAGGGGGGACGUGAAGGAGACCUACAAGGUCCUCUUUGUAGCGCAGGUGGUGACGGGCCCCUGAGGCCACAGGAGUCUCUCCAUAGAGCCCCCUCGGAUCUUCCUGCCACAUUUGAAGCCCUCCCCCGGUCUGUGGACCCAGCAGAGCCAACCAGGGGCCUGGGACCUGGACAUCCCUGCUGGGCAGCUUCAAAAGGGUGGCCCCCCGCAUGGCCCCAUGGCUGGGGCACCCCACCUCCACAGGCACGGCCACCUCCUGCUGCCCUGUAUCCAGUGAGCCCGGGGCCAAGAGCUCCUGUCCCAGCCCCACACUCAGAACAGGCAAUGAGGCCAGUCCUGACCACAACCUGCUCCCAGCCUGAGCCCCUCAGAGCCCCCAGCCCCACCAGCACCCGCCCAGCCUUUCAAGGUCCUGGUGGGGGGAAGAGCUGCGCCCGCCGACCUGUCAAUAAAUCCUGUGUGAAC